GGAAGACGGUGAGCCGGAGGAGUCAGUCAGAGGGGCGAGCAGGAGCGAUUCCGUCGGCAAACAGGUUAUGAAUGCCAAGUGAGCUGCCCUGACGCAAGAAGCAUCAUCAGCACGUUGUUCACGAUGGAUACUGAGAAGAAGCCAGAGAAUGAUGAGGAUGAAAACAGAAACAAAGAAGCAAGAGACUUGAGAAAUUCUUCAACUAAUGAUGUAGAUUGUGGGCCCGUAUUUGAUGUGAUAGCAAAUUCUUCAGAGAAUUGCACCAGCAAAAGAGGUUUUUCAGAAUCCUCACACUUUGGCAGUGUCACUGUGGUGGAAGACGGGAACAAACGUGCUUCCAAACGAAUGAAAUUAUCAGCCGAGGCAGAGCGCCUAAAGUCUGAAGAGCAGGGCGUUCCCGGGCUAGACACUUGUGAGAGCACAGUCCCAGAAGUGCAUAUCCCGUUAGGUGAGACCGCGAAGGGGAGCCUCCUGAGGGGAUGCCCGGAUGGAGGCACCUGUCUUCCCACUACCUUCUCCCCUCCUUGCAGUUUUAGCACUGUCGAUGCUGUUUCUCUGAAAGCAGACCCUGAAAAAAAGUCUGCUCAGGAAGUGGUCUCCCUCGAUCCGGAAAGAGAAUCUCCUUUCCCCCUGAAAGAGAUCAGUGUUAGUUGUACCACGGGAAGCGUAGAGACGGUUCUCAAGUGCAGCGUCUGUGGUCAUUUGUUUUCUUCUUGCGCGGAUCUGGAGAAGCACUCUGAGUGCCACACGCAGCAGUCUGAGGAGCACGCGUGCUGUCCCUGCGGCCACACGGCAGAGAGCGGCACGGCGCCACAUGUGCGCAUCAGGCAGGCACAUGGGCCGCCCCAGGUCUUUUCUUGUGAUCUCUGCGGCUUUCAGUGUGUGGAAGAAAACCUGCUGAAUGCACAUUAUCUUGGCAAAACACACCUCCGGCGUCAGAAUCUUGCUGCUCGUGGAGGAUUUGUACAGAUCUUAACAAAACAGCCCUUUCCUAAGAAACCAUGUACCAUGGGCACAAAAAAUGUUCGCGUAAAACCAAGAGCUUCUAAACCAGUAGCAAAGACUGGUGAUUCAAAAGGAUUACGAAAUGUUGGAAGCAAAUUUAAAGAUUUCCGAGGAAGCGUUUCUAAGCAGGGUGGAAGCAGCUGUGAGCUGCUUGUUGAAAUGAUGCCGUCUAGGAACACCUCAUCAGAAAAAGUAGAGAUUGUUGAAGAAAACGUAACUUCCCUUGCUAUAGCUCGAAAUCCUGAAAACCAGAGUAAAAGUAAAAAGUUAGGAGCAUUGGUAAGCUCCGAGGGUCUCUUUGAUAAAUUAGAAUCUACCAAAAAUACCCUACAGGCAGCACCCAGUGUCAGUGCGAGCUCGAGACCAAGACCCGAGCGAAACGUCCUCACGCUGGGCAGUAGCUUCCGACGGCGAACUGGCACAUUUACUUUAAAAGGCCAGGCCAAGAAAAGGUUUAAUCUUUUAGGAAUUAGUAAAAGAGGAGCUAAUGACACCCAGAGGAUGUAUAUGAAACACUUUAGAACCCAGGUGAAGACACGUGAAGCAGAAUCUGUGGCCAAUCAUGUAGAAACGAGUGGUGGUGUCCACAGUCUGUGUGGGACUUCCUCGGAAACCCCGGACCUGACGCAGGACAAAAGAAGCUGCCAUGUUGCGUGCUCCUUUCGCUCUGCGACCGUGAGGCCAACUACUGAUCAUCAGAUGUGUGCUGGUCCAGACUGUGGUCACGUGGCAACAAAUAGGACAGACGUGGAGAGCCACGGGGAGAGGGGCCCCAUUGGAGAGGUGAAGCUUUGCUGUCAGGCGUGUGGCUUUUCCAGCACGUCGAGGGGGGACUCAGACAAGCAUUUGCACGACCACCAGCAUCUGCACACUGCCGCUGGCCUCACCUGUCAGUGCUGUUCAUUUAUUUCUGAGAAUGAACUAAAUCUUAGAGACCACAUGAAAGAAAAGCACAAUAUGGGUUUUCUUUGCGCUCCUUGCAAUCUGUUCUUCCUGUCUGAGAAAGACAUGGAAGAACACACAACAACCGAGAAGCAUAUUCGUUUAUUGGUUCAACCAAAGACUUCCCAGUCAUUUAACAGUGAUUUGGCUUUACAAACUUUACCCUUAAGUACUUUAGAAUCAGAAAAUAUAAAAGAUCCUAUGAGUGAGUCAGGUAAAGCAGCUCAGGAAGAACCUGCUAAGUCCAGGGUAAGCCAUGGGCAUGAAGUGAGGCAUUCAAGCAAGCCUCAGUUUCAGUGUAAGAAGUGUUUUUAUAAAACACGGUCGUCCACUGUUCUCACAAGACACAUCAAGCUCCGGCACGGCCAGGACUAUCACUUUCUUUGUAAAGCGUGUAAUCUUUACUCGCUGAGCAAGGAAGGAAUGGAGAAGCACAUUAAGAGAAGCAAGCAUCUUGAAAAUGCCAAGAAAAACAACAUCGGCUUAAGUUUUGAAGAAUGUAUUGAAAGGGUGUGUAUAGGUGCAAAUGACAAAAAAGAAGAGUUUCACAUUUCUGGAAAUGGAAGGAUCGAAGGCCAUGUAGAAGGUGUGCAGCUGCAGGAGCAUUCCUGUCUUGAAAAGAGCCUACUGACUACCAAGGAAGCGCCACAGCCUGGUGUAACCACCAAAGAGGGUGAGGUAGCUUUGACCGCUACUCCAAAGAGAGGGAGACCCAAAGGUAACGUCUCGCGGACAUGCUCUCAUUGUGGUCUCUUGGCCUCUAGUAUUACCAACCUGACCGUUCACAUUCGACGAAAACACAGUCACCAGUAUAGUUAUUUAUGCAAAGUGUGUAAGUAUUAUACCGUAACAAAGGGAGAUAUGGAGCGUCAUUGUGCCACUAAGAAACAUAAAGGACGUGUAGAAAUAGAAGCAAAUGGCAAGCAGAGUUCAGAUAUCAUUGUUGGCCCCGAAGGGGGCAACCUUGAAGCCUGUAGAAAGACUGCCACCUCAGCAGGUUCAGAUGAACUUGCUAACAGGUCAGCAGAAUCAGAUACCUCCACUUCAGAAAAGCCAGUGGCAGAGCAUGGAAAUCCAACUGAAGUCGAAAUUGAAAAUGUAUUUCAUUCUACAGAUGGGGAAGUCAACAGUCAGCUUACUGAUAAAAAGGAACAAAUGUCUCUAGAACCAGAGGACCCUCUCCAGCAGGUGGAUGCAUGCUCUCAGAGAGAUGUUACGGGUACGAGUGAUAACAAGUGUGUACACUGUGAGUUUAACGCUCACUCUUCUGCUUCUCUAGAACUGCACAUAAAACGGAAACAUACAAAAGAAUUUGCUUUUUAUUGCAUGGCCUGCGAUUACUAUGCUGUGACUCGUCGAGAGAUGACUAGGCAUGCAGCCACAGAAAAACACAAGUUGAAAAGGCAGUGUUACCUGACCUCUUCUGACAUAGAAGCAAAUUCUGCGGACGUGUCCAAAAAUAUCAUUAUCCCUGAAGAGCAGCACCAACACAAUUCUGAAGAAUAUCAAAUAAUAUCAGACCAGCCAUCUGAAGAAAUUCUGAAAUCUAAAAGUACUGCUGAUUGUUGUGUUUUGGAUGAGGAUGCUAAUCUAGACGUGUCUAAGGUCCUCCGUGCUCCCACCUCUGUAGAGAUUGAGACUGAAGAAGAAUCUAAUCUCAGUGAAGAUCAUUCCUUUUGUGAAACUUUCCAACAGCCCUUGGCCAAGGAUAAAGCUCUGAAACCUGAGGAGAUGGUGUCCCUUAAUAUUUCCUCCAAUUGUGGCUCCCCAGGCAGAUUUCAGAAUUCAGGAAGCUCAGCUUUGGAUUAUGAGGCAGUAGAGAGAGCCCACAGUACGUUGAAUGACCGUGGCGAUGCGAGCAUGCUCAGUGAGAGCGAUGUUGGCCAGGCAGGGGAGAAUGCAGAUAAAACCCUUAGCAAACAUGGAUGUCCUGGAGGUCUCAGGGGAGGGCAUCUGGCUGACGGCACUGUCCCUGAUGUGAUGACAAGGACAAGGCAGGAGCUAAACCUGGAGAGUGGUGGUCAGAACGAAGUUGGGAGUGUGCAGAGUUCAGAGGAUUUGGAAGAUAUCCAAGAAGACGCUGUUCUGGAGAACAAGGAAAUUCUGAUGAAUUCCCAACAUGAAACGAAAAUUAUUUUGGAAGAGGAUGGUCCAGCUUCUGAUAGCACAGUUGAAAGUAAUGAUGUUUAUGAGACUAUAAUCAGUAUUGAUGACAAAGGACAGGCCAUGUACAGUUUUGGCCGGUUUGAUUCUUCCAUAAUAAGGAUAAAGAACCCUGAAGAUGGAGAAUUGUUAGACCCAUCCGAAGAGGGUCUGGUAACAACAGGCGUAAGGAUUAGUGAGUUGCCCUUAAAAGACUGUGCUCAAGGUGUGAAAAAGAAGAAAUCUGAAGGUAGUUCCUUCGGUGAAUCCACACGAAUUCGUUGCGAUGACUGUGGCUUCUUAGCAGAUGGUUUGAGUGGACUGAAUGUUCACAUAGCCAUGAAACAUCCUACAAAAGAGAAACACUUUCAUUGUUUACUGUGUGGAAAAUCAUUCUACACAGAGAGCAACCUCCAUCAGCAUUUGGCCAGUGCUGGUCAUAUGAGAAAUGAACAGGCCAGUGUAGAGGAGCUUCCGGAGGGAGGGGCCACCUUUAAAUGUGUCAAAUGUACGGAGCCCUUUGAUUCAGAACAGAAUUUAUUUCUACAUAUUAAAGGGCAGCAUGAAGAGCUGCUCCGGGAGGUGAACAAGUACAUAGUGGAAGACACUGAGCAAAUCAACCGCGAGAGAGAAGAAAAUCAGGGAAACGUUUGCAAGUAUUGUGGGAAGAUGUGUCGAAGUAGCAAUUCGAUGGCAUUUCUAGCACAUAUUCGCACUCAUACAGGAUCAAAACCAUUCAAGUGCAAGAUAUGCCAUUUUGCAACAGCUCAGCUUGGUGAUGCCAGAAACCAUGUCAAAAGGCACCUUGGGAUGAGGGAAUACAAGUGUCACGUCUGUGGGGUUGCUUUUGUAAUGAAGAAGCACUUAAAUACGCAUCUACUAGGCAAACAUGGAGUUGGCACCCCAAAAGAAAGGAAAUUUACAUGCCACUUAUGUGACCGGAGUUUCACUGAGAAGUGGGCCCUGAACAACCACAUGAAGCUCCACACGGGAGAAAAGCCAUUUAAGUGUACCUGGCCCACGUGCCAUUACUCAUUCCUCACGGCCUCCGCCAUGAAAGACCACUACCGGACGCACACAGGCGAGAAGUCGUUUCUGUGCGACCUCUGCGGCUUUGCCGGCGGGACGCGGCACGCCCUCACCAAGCACCGCCGCCAGCACACAGGAGAAAAACCUUUCAAAUGUGAUGAGUGUAACUUUGCCUCCACAACCCAGUCCCAUCUGACUCGGCACAAACGGGUGCACACGGGAGAGAAGCCCUACAGAUGCCCCUGGUGUGACUACAGGUCAAACUGUGCUGAAAACAUCCGCAAGCACAUUUUACACACGGGCAAACAUGAAGGAGUCAAGAUGUACAACUGCCCCAAGUGUGACUACGGAACCAACGUGCCUGUGGAGUUCCGAAACCAUCUGAAGGAGCAGCACCCUGACAUCGAGAACCCUGACCUGGCUUACUUGCAUGCUGGCAUUGUGUCCAAGUCCUACGAGUGCCGUUUGAAGGGCCAAGGAGCCGCCUUCGUGGAGACAGACAGCCCCUUCACGGCGGCCGCGCUGGCAGAGGCGGCCCCUGGCAGAGAGCGGCCCCUUAGGAGCAGCAGGAAGCAGGCGGCGGUGCCCGAGCAGGUCCAGCAGGUCAUCAUCAUCCAGGGCUACGACGGCGAGUUCGCCCUCGACGCCUCGGUGGAGGAGACGGCCGCGGCCACGCUGCAGACGCUGGCGCUGGCCGGCCAGGUGGCCCGCGUGCUGCACAUCACGGAGGACGGGCGGCUCAUCGCUGCGGGCCACGGUGGCGCCCCCGUGGGCGGCGUGGCGCCCGGGCCGCUCCUGCCGGAGCAGUUGGCCGACGGAACCACCCAGGUGGUGGUCGUGGGGGGCUCGAUGGACGGCCGCGGCAUGGACGAAGCCCUCAGCCCGGGCGGUGCCGUGAUUCAGCAGGUGACCAAGCAGGAGAUUGUAGACCUCACCGAGGCCGGCGUCCCCCCGCCCGACACGGCCUCCGCCCUGGAUGCCCUGCUGUGUGCGGUCACCGAGCUGGGAGGGGCGGAAGGCCGGGCCGGGCCCGACGACAAAGGCAGGUCCGGCCACAAAGACGUGCUGGUCCAGCUGCCCGGGCCGGACAUGCCCGCCUCCCCCCCCGCCGCUGCCCAGCCCGAGGCCCCCGAGAUCCACAUGUUCCAGGACGUCCGGGAGAGCGCGGCCGCCGUGGAGCCCGUGGAGCUGCUGACCCAGGUGGUGCGGCCCUCGGCCGUCCCCGGCUCGCAGGAGCGCCCGCAGGUGGCCUUCAAGAAGGUGGUGCAGGGCGUGCUGCAGUUCGCCGUGUGCGACUCGGCUGCGGCCGGGCAGCUCAUGGAGGAGGGCGUCACGCAGGUCAUCGUGAACGAGGAGGGCACCGUGCACAUGCUGGCCCGAGAGGGCUCGCAGAUCAUCAUGCAGGAGGCCGAGGCCCACAGCCAGCACGUGGACCUGGCCGAGCAGGACGCGGAGAUCUCCCAGAUCAUCGUGACGGAGGAGCUGGUACAGGCCAUGGUGCGGGAGUCCAGCGGCAGCUUCCCCGCGGGCGCCACGCACUACAUCCUGACGGAGCUGCCCCCAGGCGCGCAGGAGGCGGCGGGCAUGUACUCGCACACCGUCAUCGAGGCGGCCGGCCCUCAGGAGAUCCUGCAGGCCGGGGCCGCGCUCAGCGCCGAGGCCAUGGUCCCAAAUGCAGCCGAACAGUUGACAAGUAUGGUCAUUUACACCCAGGAUGGCUCCCCGGCCGCGACCGUCAUCCAGAGCCAAAGAGAGAGUCACGAACUCCAAGAAGCCUGAGGGACGGAUCGUCACGCUCGGCCCCAGGGAAGGGGUGGUCCGGUCCGGCCCGUGUGGGCGCGGCCAUCCCCGGGCUGCACGUGCCACGGCUUCGGGACAGUGGCGUGGCCGUCCGGAGGGGUGGCGGCCCGCGCUCGGGGCGAGGUGGGCACGGACCACGCAGCAGCGCGCACCAGGUCCCCGGGGGCCCGCGGCCGGCCGCCCACCCGAGCCCCGCGCCGCUGGGGAGGCCGGGCCGGGGUGCCGCUGGGGCGGGGCCCUGUGCCGACCACACCCGUUUCCUGUUCGGUUCUUUCGUGACUGGUCUUUUCCCUCUGUUCUAUCCACCAUGCUGAGGCGAAGCCACGUUGUUUUCGGUCUCCACCCACCCCUUCCCCCGCUCCCCGCAAAUGUUUUCCCAUUUCAGUUAUCAAAGGAUUGUGCCUAGUGGUGGAGAAGUCCGAAUGGUGUAUCUUGUGGCCUGAGACCUGCCUGUUCGUGCCGUCCAGCAUGGAGCCAUUUCCACAGUUUAUUAUAGGUUUGGUUAAACAUUGUAGCUGCAAGUCCUCCUGUCUUGAGCAGUCCACCCUUGUCCAUUCUUCUGAAAUCGUAGGGUCACGGUGUCCCCAGACCAGAGGAAGACCUCGUAGCUCCUCUGACGCAUCACUUCCCCCCCCCGGACGUGGUGGGCGUGUUCUUAGCUCUGGUUGCACUCUGCUUGAAAGAAGCCUUCUCAAGCCUCCGGUUGAGAAAAGCCUUGAUAUUUCUAUUGGAUGAAAAUAUACCUUGGUUAAGACAACCCAGUGCUUCUAAUUUUGACUUCGUUUCAUACAAUAAAGUCUAUAUAUGAAAUGUGCACUCUGGAAACUAGUGUUCAUAUCAAUAUUUUGCUUUUAUAACGAAUGUUUCUUCAUAUUGAUACCAUUUUUGCGGGAUUUAUUUGUGAUUCGUGUCCUUGUGAAGAAGCUGACGUUCAACGUUACUAACAGAAAGCCAUGCCCCCUGCAGCCCCGGCCCCAACCAGCGUCGUCCAUGUUUAGUUGUGGGUUCACUGCAACUGUGGAAUGCAAGUCUGUGUUCUAGUAACUCACUUCUCCAUACGAUUGCUCUUCCUUUUCCAAACCUGUAAACACGAUCCCCUCCCCCAAAUGCAAAGGUUGUUUUUGUUCUAUUUUUUUCUUUGAAAUAAAAUUAUAGCAUUGAA